AUGGGUUCCGACGACAAGAUGGAGACUGACAAGGCUGAAUCAGUCGCUUCAACUACCUCUGUGAAAGACGAGACUACUACAUCGACAAGACAGACUAAGAAACGGCCUCGAAGUCCGAUGCCCGAUGAGUCCUCGACGGCAACUACAAAACAGGGUGCCAUAAACCCUGCUUCUGCCGCUGCAGCUGCCCAGUUGAGUGCUUCGAUGGGGUGGAAUGGAUUGUACUCCCUACUUUCGGCAUCUGCGAUUAGCACAACAUCAACGACAAACGUCAUGCCAACCUCGGAGCAAGUGGAACAGGCUGCCACGAAAAGUAUGCAGGACUGUCCCCCAUUUGUCCAUUUGAGCAAGACUGAUUCCGCUCCUCAACUCAAGAUUCUUGAUGAUCGUCGAUUGACAAUCAAGGGUGGCAUGCGUGGUUAUCGAAUGUCUAGAGCCACUCACGGUGUUUCCGCUGGCAACUACUACUACGAAGCCAUUAUCUUGGCGCCACCUUCUGUCUCGGAAAUUGUAGAAUAUUUGCCAUCAAAUGUACGCAUGGGGAAAAAGCUGCAAGACCAAAUUCAGCAAGCUCUAUUGGAUGAGAAAGCAGGGAAGGAGAACUCUACUCAAUUUGGAGGCCACGCUCGGUUGGGCUGGAGUAUGCGAACUGGGGACCUUCAAGCUCCUGUUGGGUAUGACAAGUGGAGUUUUGGAUUGCGCGAUAUUGGAGGCUCGAAGAUUCAUUGCUCAAAACGAGACGAUAAGUGGGGAGGCGAAGCAUUUGGUUCGGGCGAUGUGGUGGGUUGUGCUAUUUCCCUUCCACCCAAAGACGAGGAUGGCAAUCCAACUGGUGUGAACACAAUCAAGUUCUUCAAAAAUGGCACACCUAUGGGAGACAUCAUCGUCAGUAAGGGGAGAAAAGAAGGUGGAGACGCUUUCCACCCGCCAGAUGGCGUGUAUUAUCCUGCCAUUUCCACAUACAUGGGGGCUGGGGUCAAGAUCAAUCCAGGCCCCUACUUUGUCUAUCCUCCUCGCAAGCAAAAGACUGGGUAUAAGUUUCAACCAGUAAGCGAUCUUUGCAAACCUCCCGCCCCAAUCGAAGAGGCCAUCACAAAAGUGCAAAAAGAAAAACCGUUCAGAAAGUCAGACAUGUUACAAAAGUUUCAAGAGCUCGUGGAGAUCGAGGCAAAACUUCUUCACGAUGCCUAUCAGGAGCACAGGAGAAAACAUAUUGAGGAAAUUGUCGAGCAGCGUGAGAAACGCAGUCUUUCCAUCAGUGGCUUGGAGGAAGAUGAAUUUUACAAGAAAGAUUAA